AUGACUAUUCUACAGCAAAUUUUUCAGAUCAUGUCAAUAGAAAUAAAAGAAAGUUUAAGCUUAUUUGACCAAGCGCAUUCUAUUCAUCAACAGAUACCAGAAUUUCAAAACCAAUCGUCGACUUACGAUGAAUUAUCAGUAAGAAUCAACAAGGCUAAACAUCCAUUGGUACUUGUUGCCUAUGCUGAUGAUCAGCCGGUUGGUUAUCUGAUGGGUUACGAACGGUAUCAAGGAUCAUUUUACGUUUGGUUGGCUGGUGUUCUUCCAAGUCAUCGGCGACACGGAAUACUCGGUCGAUUAGUGAAGCAAACAGAACAAUGGGCAAACAAAUUAAAUCUUAGUUCGUUGAAUGUAAGAACACGUAAUCGCUUUAAAUCAAUGCUUCUAUUUUUGAUUUCGCAUGAUUUCAAAUUGAUUGAUAUCGACAAAAGACAGUCUGUCGAUGAUCAUCGUUUGAUUCUUGAAAAACAGCUCAGUCUCUUAUAG